CCUCCCUCCUCCUCUAAAAGUCAACUCCCUCUUCUCUUUCCUUCUUUUAUUCACCAUUGAGUUGUCCCUUUUCUUCUUCCCUUCUCUUUCUCUUUCUCCUUCUCCUUCUCCUUUGUUCACUUUGCUUUCUCUGCAAAACAAUGAACAAUCUAAUAUAGUCUUUGCAAUUCCAAACAAAAGGAGCAACAAGCAGCCAUUUUUCCAUCUGGGAUUUUUUAAGAUUUGUUCUUAGAUGGGUAACGGCGUUACAAAAGUCACUCACUGUUGUGCUGUCUCAGGGGAUAUCUCCCGCCGGCAUGAAAUCGCCGUUUAUGUCGGCGAGCAUCUCCAUAAGGGACUCGGUCAUUCCUUCUGCUACAUACCAGUCGACCAGGAUCGCUUGUCCAACUCCAAAAUCCACUCCGAGGAAACCACUGCCUUUUUCUCAAUCUCUGGCGCCUCUGUAAGCGCUAAUACUUCAACGUCUCUCAGUGAUGCUUGUCUCUACAGCUCCAGUUUGGAUGAGGCCUCUGCUUUUGAAAGCUCAGAUUCUUUCGCCUUUGUCCCUCUUCAGCCCGUCCCUCGUGGGCACCUUCAAUCCAGCUCUACUCUGCUCGUACCAGGUUCUAGUCCGAUUGAGCGAGGCUUUUUAUCGGGUCCAAUCGAGCGUGGAUUUCUUUCAGGACCCGUAGAACGCGGGUUCGUGUCGGCGCCGAUUGACAGCAGCUUAUAUUCCGGUUCGAUGGAGAAAGAGAAAGAAAAGGAGAGCGGUAGUGGUAAGAUACAGAGGAGCUUCUCUCACGGUAGCAUUGGCAUCGAAGAAAUCCAAGUUAAAACCAAGAAGCAAAAUUUCAUAAAGACAUUAAAGAGAGUAAUAUCGAACACCAUCUCGAGAGGGAAAAAAUCAAUAAUGGCACCGAUCAAAGGCGUUAAUAAACCAGUUCCAGUCAGUUGUAGUCCUAAUUUGAGUGCUCAGUUGAGUUCCAGUAAUGAGCUUGAUGAUGAUAGCUUGUUUUCAAUGGAAAGCCAGAAUCUUCAAUGGGCACAAGGGAAAGCUGGAGAAGAUCGAGUCCAUAUAGUGAUAUCAGAAGAACAUGGGUGCGUUUUUGUGGGGAUUUAUGAUGGGUUUAACGGCCCUGAUGCUCCAGAUUUUUUGCUCUCCAAUCUCUAUACUAAUGUGAAUGAGGAGCUCAAGGGACUGUUAUGGAGCGACAAGUUUGAACCCACUUCAAAAACAGAGAAAUCAGAGGAGGCUACACCUUCAACUGAUUUAAAUCAUCAUCCAAAGAUAAAGCAAGGGAAGAAUUCGAGGCAUAGGAGUAAAGCACCAGCAAAAAGAUGGGAGGAGAGCCAGAGCAGAUGGAGAUGCGAAUGGGACAGAGAAAGAAUGAAGCUUGAUAGGAAAUUAAAAGAUGAACUGAAUCGUAAAGGCUCUAACUCUAAUGGAGUUAACCAUUUCGAUGUUUUGAAAGCACUUUCUCAGGCAUUGAGGAAGACAGAAGAAUCCUACUUUGAAAUUGCUGAUAAGAUGGCAGAAGCGAAACCUGAGUUAGCUUUAAUGGGUUCUUGUGUUUUGGUAAUGUUGAUGAAAGGAGAAGAUGUUUACUUGAUGAAUGUUGGAGAUAGCCGAGCCGUUUUGGCUCAGAAAUGUGAAAACCAAGAUUUGAAGGUCAUUACUGAGGAAACCAUGCGUGAUCUCGAAGUCUUCAAUGGUGAUGAAUUGUGCAAAUUUAAUAGCUUGAGUUCUGUUCAGCUUACCAUGGAUCACAGCACCUACGUGCAUAAGGAAGUUCAAAGGAUCAAGAAACGACAUCCUGAUGAUCCUUCUGCAGUAAUGAAUGAUAGAGUGAAAGGGUACUUGAAAGUCACGAGGGCUUUCGGAGUUGGCUUUCUCAAGCAGCCAAAGUGGAAUGAUUUGCUCUUAGAGAUGUUUCGAAUCGAUUACGUUGGAAAUUCUCCAUACAUUUCUUGUUUUCCAUCACUAUAUCACCAUAGACUGAGCUCAAGAGACAGGUUUUUAAUACUGUCAUCUGAUGGACUAUACCAGUAUUUCACCAAUGAAGAAGCUGUCUCAGAGGUUGAAUUGUUCAUUUCUGCGUUUCCUGAAGGAGAUCCUGCUCAGCAUCUCAUCGAGGAACUUCUGUUUCGUGCAGCCAAAAGAGCUGGGAUGGACUUCCAUGAGUUGCUGGCUAUUCGGCAAGGUGAUCGGCGCCGCUACCAUGACGAUGUUUCUGUUAUAAUUAUUUCUUUGGAAGGCAGGAUUUGGCGGUCAUCUGUGUAAAUAAAACCAAGUGUUUUUUUGCUCUACAAAUUUUCUAGUCGUCUGAGUUUUCUCUAAUUGACUAAAAUUUUUAAUUUUCGCUCCUGAUAUUACCUCACCUUUAAAAGAAAAAAGGCACAUAGAAAGCUAGAUAUGUGAAAUUUAUGAAUCCAUAUAACGGUUGACAAUUUUUUUUUUUUCCUUUUUAGUUUAUUUCUUCUAUUGUAACAUACCAACUAGUCUUAGAGAUGAGAGGCUUGAGGCUCUUAUUGCAUGUAUAAAGUUUUGGUAUACUAUUAUACUCUGAAAUUGUAGAAAAUUAUGUUAGUU